CAACCGUUUGCGGCAUAAACACAUGGACGCCUGCGGUUAGCAACGAUAACUCGAGAGGUCAAAAGUUAUGAUCCUAAUCUGGGAAAGAAGCGGGACAUAACACUGAGACAUGGCCAGCUCCAUGGUGGCAGUGGGUCUGGCUCUGGCUGCUGCUGGGUUUGCAGUAAGAACAGCACGUUUUCCCGGCAGGUCGCUACGCCUUGCAGGCCAUGAAACAAAUGGAGCCACAGGUGAAACAGGCCCUCCAGAGUUUUCCCAAGACGGCCUUUGGCGGAGGAUACUACAGAGGCGGCUUUGAACCAAAGAUGACAAAGAGAGAAGCUGCUCUGAUUUUAGGCGUCAGUCCCACAGCCAACAAGAAUAAGAUCCGAGAAGCCCAUAGGAAGCUGAUGGUCCUGAACCAUCCAGACAGAGGUGGUUCUCCGUACAUCGCUGCAAAAAUAAAUGAAGCAAAGGACUUGAUGGACGGCCAAGCCAAGAAACAGAGCUGAAGAUCAGGACGAAAUGAAAUUCAUCUCACGCUGCUUUUGCUCUCUGUUUCAUGGACUGACUUAAGGAAGCGCUUGACUUUUUUUGUAAUUAUUCCCAAAUAAAAACAAAACAAUAACUGUA